GAACUGUCAAACUGCAACAGCAUAACCUUCACGCUGAAAAUAACAUUUUGUUGGUAUAAUUUCGACUACCCCUCGUGGGGAAAGACUAUUUUACAACCAAAUUACAUAAAUUCAUAGCUGUUUUAAGUGUGUCUCGUAAAUUAAUCUCAAUCAAUAUAUAAUUAUAAAUCAUUUCUAGUAACGAAUAUGGGCAACACGAUAACCAGCGUCCGUAUGGAAGCGGCACCUCAAAUGCCUAAAGAUCAUGUACACAUGGCUGCCACUGGCGCUUCUCCACCACCAGAAUGCCCAAUGCACCAGAAAGGAGGCGCAGCACCACCACAACGGCCUAAAGAGCAAUUGGUAACCACUGCCACAGCGCCAGCUUCAGAGUGUCCCGUACAACACGGUAACAAUGAUGUUAAUCCACUUAAUAUGAUGCCACCUGCCAAUCAACAACCAGCGCCAGAUCAACCAUUUCCCUUGUCGACGGAUAGACAAACAUCAAGCAUACCAAAGGUAUCAGAAGAUGGCAGUCAACAGUUCUGGCAAUAUCCUAGUCAACAAAUGUUUUGGAAUGCAAUGUUGCGCAAAGGUUGGCGGUGGAAGAAUGAAGAUAUAUCACAAAAAGAUAUGGGCGAUAUUAUUUUCAUUCACAAUGCCAACAAUGAGCAGGCAUGGAAAGAAGUACUUAAAUGGGAAGCGCUACAUGCUAAGGAAUGUGGUAAUCCACGUUUGAAGAGUUUCGGUGGUAAAGCUGCAGAUUACAGUCCCCGCGCACGUAUUCGUAGCUGGCUAGGCUAUGAAUUACCCUUUGAUCGUCACGACUGGAUUGUUGACCGUUGUGGCAAGGAUGUACGUUAUGUAAUCGAUUAUUAUGAUGGUGGCGUUGUAGACAAAGAUUAUAAAUUUGCAAUUUUGGAUGUACGUCCUGCUUUGGAUUCCGUGGACAAUGUUUGGGAUCGUAUGCGUGUGGCUUAUAUGCGUUGGAAAUUCGCAGCAUUAGAUUCGCUAUCUGGCAGCCGAACGGAGGCUACCAGUGGCAAAGUUGACCAAUAAACCGAAGUUUUAUAUUGGUAUCUCGUAUAAAAAAACAGAGAUAUUUAGUUAAUUAUUUUACUCCUGCUGGAUUACACUAACUUGUCUACUAGUAUGUACAUAUUUAACUGAUAAGCUACUCAAUUAAAAAAAUAUAAUAUUUACAGAAAUUAAUAGUUUAUUGACUUCUGCGUUGUACCUUAAGUUUACGAUUUCUUUUACUAUAAAUUCAGAUAUAAUGACAUUAGCGAGACAAAAUCAUUAUUUGAUUUAAAUUCAAAAUUAAUAAAGAAAUUGAUGGCAUUAAA